ACGCAAGCCCCGCCCCUUUCUCCCUGGACGCGUUUGUACAGCUCAAGUUCCUCCUGCUUUCACCAAUAAACCGAGUCCGAUCACCCCUGGACCGAACGGAGGGUAUCGCCAUGGCCUUUCAGGGCUCUGAAGUACUGGAAGAACAGCUCGAGGAGCCGGAAGAUACUCUGAGAGUGUCUCCGGCGGAGGAGAUGCCCGUCGAUGGGCCUCCAGCGGUAGAGGAGCCGCUACUGCUGCCGUGGGACCGCUUCUCCUCCUGGCUGCACUGUAUCUGUGUGGUCGGCUUCGAUCUGGAGCUCGGUCAAGCUGUGGAGGUGAUUUACCCGCACCACUCCAAACUCACUGAAAAAGAGAAAACAAGUAUAUGCUAUCUGUCAUUCCCCGACUCCAAUUCAGGUUGUCUCGGGGACACACAGUUCUGCUUCCGUUUCCGGCAGGCCGCAGACAGGAAGUCGUCACUCGGAUGUUUCCUCAACCACUUCGACCGGGAUGCACCGGUCUGUCUCAAGAGAGAUCAGGGCUAUUACUACGGGUAUGUGUACUUCAGACAGGUGCGAGACAAGUCGCUCAAGAGAGGCUACUUUCAGAAGUCUCUGGUCCUCAUCAGCAAGCUGCCCUACGUGACCUUUUUCCACUCUUUGCUGAAGCUGAUUGCCCCAGAAUACUUUGAGAAACAGGAGCCGUGUUUAGAGGCCGCGUGUAAUGACAUUGACCGCUGGCCCACGCCGUGUCCGGGGAAGAUCCUCGCGCUCCCCAUCAUGGGUGUGGUCAUGAAGCUGCGCAUCCCCACGUGUUACGACAAGCCUGGAACGUCUCAGCUCGUCCAGUCCGCGCCGAGCGACAGUCUGGUGUCCAUCAUUCUGCCCACCGUCCAUGAAGUGGAUCUCUUCAGGUGUUUCCAUCCAGUGUUUUUUCAUAUUCAGAUGUUAUGGGAGCUCGUGUUGCUCGGUGAAGCGUUGGUGGUUAUGGCUCCUUCACCGGCAGAAUCUUCAGACACUGUGUUGGCACUGGUCAGCUGUAUCUCUCCUCUGCGCUACAGCAGUGAUUUCCGGCCGUACUUCACCAUUCACGACAGUGAGUUUAAGGAAUACACCACUCGAACACAAGCUCCGCCUUCGGUCAUCCUGGGAGUUACAAACCCAUUUUUUGCCAAAACACUGCAGCACUGGCCUCACAUCAUCCGGAUCGGAGACAUGAAGCAAGCAGGUGAGAUGGCCAAACAAAUGAAAGUGAAGAAGCUAAAAAAUCUGAAGACGUUGGACUCAAAACCUGGUGUCUACACUGCAUAUAAACCCUUCCUGAACAAAGACGAGGACAUUAUCAAGCAGCUGCAGAAGGGAGUCCAGCAGAAGCGCCCCUCAGCGGCCCAGAAUGCAAUUCUGCGUCGAUAUUUCCUGGAGCUCACGCAGAGUUUCAUCAUACCACUGGAGCGUUAUGUGGCCAGUCUGAUGCCUUUACAGAAGAGCAUCUCUCCCUGGAAAAAUCCCCCGCAGCUGCGGCCGUUCAGCCAGGAGGAGUUUAUGAAGACGCUGGAGAAGGCCGGACCUCAGCUCACCUCACGACUCAAAGGAGACUGGAUCGGCCUCUACAGGCAAUUCCUGAGGUCUCCGAACUUCGACGGCUGGUUCAGGAACCGCAGGAAGGAGAUGAUGCAGAAGCUGGAAGCUCUUCAUCUGGAGGCGCUGUGUGAGGAAGACCUGCAGCUGCGGAUACAGAAACACACCGAGGUGGAGACGGUCGACCUGGUGCUCAAACUCAAGGAGAAACUGACUCAGGCCGAGAAAGAUCAGCUUCCUGUCAAACCAGGAACUCUACCCAAACUGCAGGCCCAUAUCGAGAGCAUCAUCCUGUCUCUUCCAGAGGACCUGCAGGGCAUCCUACACAAACCUCCGAGCCCCUGACCCCCAGCUCGCUCUCACAGACCAGAGCGGAGCGUUUGCUAAAUCUGCUACCCUUGAACAGACAAUGCUGGCAUUGCCAAACCGCACAGGAAGUGACUGUGCCCGAACGCGAGAGGUGUGAAUGAUGGCAGAAUGACAGACGCAUGUCGAGGACACAUUCUGAGUCUUUAUGCUGUACGUCUCACCGUGUGAGAUUAACCCUUCCCUUUGCUUUUAAACAUGAAGAUGCUGUCAGGGACGAGAGAGCCGGGUCUGAAUAGAGAUCAGUGAACGUCUGGAGGAAGAACUUCAGAUCUGCUUCAUAAGUCAAGAACAUGCCCAGGUCAUAUUUCACCCCAAAAUUAGGACAUUUUAUUUUGCGUAAAGAAAAUUAAGCCUAUUUGAAGCCUGUUAUAUAUAUUAACACAGUGGCAUUGUUUUGGUUAUAAUCAGGAUUUUCUCCUUCUUGUGUGUGUGUGUGUGUGUGUUUAUACAUAUAUAUAUACAUACAGACAUACAUAUACAUACGUGUGUGUGUGUAUAAAUAUACAUACAUACAAGUAUAUAUGUACGUGUGUGUGUAUAUAUAUUGUUUUUUCUAAUAAUGAUAAUUCUCAUUAUUGCAUAAUUUAAUGAGGAAAAAAACAGCAAUACAAUUACUGAAAUAUUUAACAAUUCAACAUUUCACAAUGUAAAUCUGUAAAUUCUGUCACAAUGAAAUUUGUUACAUUGCUGUAAUUCAGUUUUAUAUUUUCAUGCUAAUUAAUGACCACUGAGUUUUCAAUUACAUUUCUUUUCAUGGAAUUAAAUUUUUUAUUUUUUUUUACAUUGUGGUAUUUGCAUGACAUUUAAAAUUUCCUUAAUUAUCAUUAGUAUAAUGCAACAAAUUGAAUUUUAACAGAAUGACAUAUUGAAGUAUAAAUUUGUGAAAUAUUAUUUCAGUAAUUAUGCCUUUUUUAAAUCAAGUUAUGAAGCCGUAAUGAGAACUGUCAUGGAAAAUAAUAAUAAGUAUUGUAAAAAAUAAUUGGUAAAUACUUCAGUAUUUUUUUUUCUUUAAAUCAAGUUAUAAUGCAAUGAUACAGAGAAGAAGAAAAUGGGCUUUUAUUUCUACAAUAUAUUUUUUCAAUUAUAUUUUGGGGUGAAACAUUCCCUGGAAAUGUUUUGGUGAUGUUUUGAAUCAUGUUCACUGAUGUAAUAUUGCAAUAACAGGUCUGUUUUACAGAGACCCACACUACUAACCUAGAACUGAUGAUGAAGAGACACUAGUCUGAAUAGAUUUCAUCGAUAAGCACAUUAUCACCGGUGUCUGGCAUUAAUUAACUCUCAUAAUGAAGACAAACCCAGCAAACACCAGUGCAGUUUUAUAUGUGUAUUUAUUUGUAUUUUAACUCAUAAACUGACUAACCAAACCACAAAAGGGAAAAUAGGCGUUGUCUUUUCCUUUUCUUUCCACCUUCACUGACCUGACCUGACAGAACUAGUCUAGUUAUUUUAUCAUCAUCAGCGUCAAUGCACUGAGAUUGUGGUCUUCCUUCGGUUCCCACGUCAUAUACACAUCGUCGUUCAGAAAACAACACUGUACUGUGUACUUCCACACACAUAGUCUUCAAACCCACUCGCUUGAGCUAUAGAGGUGAAAAUGGUUUGUUUUGCAGUUUCUCGUGCCUUUCGUUUUCUGAUUGGUUUGAUUUGAAUGGCUUUGCAUCUCUUUUAGGACCAAGAGUGUAGUUUUGCAACGCUUUACUGUCACGUGACGGGAUGAAAUGCAUUUUAAAUGAUUUUGUUUGACCUUGAGAAAGAGCUUGAUGCACUUUAUCUGUCGCGUGUCAUGAGCAAGAAAACUAUAUUCUUGAUGUUUCUAUUCAAACUGUGCAUGACCAUGGCUCAUAAAAACCCAUUUUUUCUUUGGCUUGUGCAUCACAACUGGUCAUAUUCCAUGAAGUAAAUGCAUGGUGGAUAUUUUAGAUGGAAAUGCAACCUUUCUGUUGAUGCCUUGAGCUUGAAAGACAAAGCGUUGAGCGACCAAAGACUGUCACACACAUCUGAUCCAUAUGAAUGCUUUAUUAUUUAGGAUGCUGGCUCUGUGUUGUCACACCAGAGAAUCAUGGGAUGCGUUUUGGAUGUAGUUUCUUUCAUGCACAUGGUGCAAACCUGUGAAAACUGGUUGUUGGACAACCACUGGUGUUUUAUAUUUGAAGAACAAACCUAUUUUAACAUGCUUGAAUUUUAUAGAGGUAUAUUCUAACAGAAGAAUAACGAAUAGCUUUUGACACGAUGCCUGUUUGUUAUACUGACGGAUAUUUUGUAACAUCUGUAUUUUUGAUCUGCUCAUUUGUAAUCGGUAGUUACUGUACCGGAUGUUUUAUUUGAUGCCAUGGUGAUUAUUAUAGAAUUAUAUGAAUGGAAAAGGAAGAUUUUUGUAAACCAAGCAACCAUGUACACCGAGAUGUUCCAGCAUAAACAAUAUUUUUCUAUCACACCAUUAACCACUAAUGUUUUUUUCACCUGUAACCAUGUGACGCACAGUAGCUUUUCAAUAGAAGUUAUUUCAAUGUUCUGUAACCGUCACGAAGGACAAGUAUAUUUUUUUCCAGGUGUAAAUAAAUGUCAAUAAUGAGC